AUGAUAAAUGCCAGUGAGCAGAAACGCAGCCCCCCCUAUCAGCACCCACUCGUCCGGCCAAGCAGCAGCAGCACUUUUCCAUCCUCUACGACUGUGCCGUCGCAGCAGAUUCCACCUCCAGUGACCUUCGACCAGAUCCUGCCUGCCUCAAAGCCUUCGAGUAGUCAACCUGGAACUCCAGAUAAGCCAGGACUACUCAACACUCUUGCUCCUCAGCCUACAAACACUCAGCCAGAUCCACCUCAUGAGUCCCGCACUGCCCGCUUCCUCGCUCGAUUCCGCGCAAAAAGCGUGGAUCCGGUCGAAGACAGCGAAAGACAGCCUUCUACUUCCAAGCAUCCCACUCGCGACCGGCGCGCCCGCAAGGAACUCCGCACAGCUUCGCGUGAACGCGUUCAGCGGUACAAGGCUGAUAAGAAAGAGGCGCAGCGUCAUGAGAAGGCUAGAACGCAGUGGCUGGGUGGUCUGGCAUGGGGCUUUGAUCCUACUGCGGGUAAAGGUCCAGACCCGAGACACGUGGAUGACAACCGAGUUUCCUGUUCUUCCGCUUCGUCCUCAGCCAGGGGUGAUAGAGGCAGAGCUCGAGAACGUGACAGCGUUGGAGGUCCCGGUAUCAAAGACCAAGACAGUGAGUGGGGCACCGAAGCUGGAGGUCCGGGCAAAGAUGCCACAUAUUGGUACGGUUUGAAGCCGAAGCACCGUGAAUGUACUCAGCGAGGGUAG